AUGCGUCUGCUCCUGCCCCUGUUCGCUUUCGUGCUGCUCUCCAGCUUGUGCCUCUGUGACAGCAAGGACACAGCAACCUCCAUCAAGCCUGCGACUUCGAAGAAGACAGAGAAAACGGAAAAACCAACUACUUCAAAGCCUUCUACUUCGAAGAAGACUGAAAAAACUGAAAAACCUACUUCUUCAAAGCCUUCUACUUCAAAGAAAACUGAAAAAACUACUACUCUAAAGCCUUCUACUUCGAAGAAGACUGAAAAACCAACUACUCCAAAGCCUUCUACUACGAAGAAGACAGAAAAACCAACAACUACUAGGCCUGCCACUUCCAAAAAGACGGAAAAAACGGAGAAAACAACUACCACUAAAGCCAGCACCACGACCACCACAGGUAAGACCACCACCACCACCCCGACUACUACUACCACCACCCCGACUACGACCACCACUGUCGCACCGCCCUGA